AUGCCACGGUUAUUUACGAUGGCUAAAAGUACAGUAUUUAAUUUAAUACGCAUAUUUAAAUCAAGCGUAUCCGCCGUACUUCCUGAGAAUAUAAUGAAAGAUACAGUGAAAUACAAUCAUAACAGUAAAGAGUUAAAUAUUGAUGGAAUAAGUGUUAGUUUACUGAAUAGAAAUGUCUAUCUAGUAGGUACAGGUAAAGCGGUACAAGACAUGGCUUUAAAAGUUGACCAAAUAUUGGGUCCUAAAAUAAAGCAAGGUAUCAUCAGCAUCCCUACAGGAAGUUUACAUUAUAAUGCUAGAAAUGGAAAUGUUAUGUAUUAUGAAGGAGCUAGAAAUAAUUUACCUGAUGCAAAUGCACAAGCAACAGCAAUAAAAGUAAAAACAAUGAUAAGUCAACUAAGUGAUACUGAUAUUCUUAUAGUUUUAAUAUCAGGAGGUGGUUCUGCAUUAUUACCAUUACCAAAAGAACCAAUGACAUUGGAAGAUAAAACUGAUGUUAUUAAGUUGUUAGCAAAUGCAGGAGCAGAUAUUACUGAAUUAAACACAGUAAGGAAAAAGCUUUCACAAAUUAAAGGUGGUCAAUUAGCAAUUAUGGCUCAGCCAGCAGAUGUUAUAUCCUUAAUAUUAUCUGAUAUUGUUGGAGAUCCAUUGGAUAUGAUAGCUAGUGGGCCAACUUCUGAAAAUAAAGACCAUCCAAAUGCAGCAAUAGACAUCAUAAAAAAAUAUAAUCUGUAUGACCAACUGCCAAACUCAACUAAAAUAAUAUUGAAAAAUGUUGAAGAUCAUAAAUUAUUCCCAAAUCAUAAAGUCAAAAACCUUAUUAUUGGUUCUAACAAACUCAGCAUCAAUGCAGCAGUAAAUGAAUGCAAAGCUAUGGACUUUUCAUCAAUAGCUCUAACAAAUAUAGUGACUGGUAAUGUCAGAGAUAUAGCUCAAAAAUAUGUUAAACUGUCAAAAAUAUUUUGUGAUUUUAUUUUAAAGGAUUUAAGUAAAAACAGUUUGAAGGAAAAGUUGCUAUGUUUAGACAUACCUGGAGUAAAUGAAUGUUUAGAUAAUAUUGAUGGCCUUGAUGUUUCAAAGAAAAACAUAUGUUUAAUUCUUGGUGGAGAAAUAACAGUGGAAGUUAAAGGUCAAGGUAAAGGAGGUAGGAAUCAACAGUUAGCUUUGGAAUUUUCCAACUAUAUCCACAAAAUUAAAGAUAAUUUUAAGGACUUUGAAGUAUAUUUACUGAGUGCUGGCACUGAUGGUAUCGAUGGACCCACAGAUGCAGCCGGAGCGAUAGGAUACAUUGAGUUAGUUUCAGAUGCUAUGAAAGAAAAUAUUAUUAUAAAUGAAUAUAUUAACAACAAUGAUACAUAUAAUUUCUACAAAAUAUUUAAAAAAGGUCUUAUGCAUGUGAUAACAGGUCAUACUAAUACUAAUGUGAUGGAUAUACAUAUAAUACUAAUAAUAAAAAAAUCUACUAUAUAA